CUCAUAAAAGAACUAUGAAUAAGAACAGUGUUACUUUUAUCACAGCUGCUGACCACCCCAUCAGAGGGGCUGGCAAGACCAGAAUUAGGCUGCCUAAAUAUACCAACUUCUCUGCCGGGAAGAAAUUUAAAGCGGCAGUAAAUAAAGUGAGGGAGAUUGGUAGAAAAGCUUCUAUUUCAACAACGAAUAACCUGCCUAAAUUAUCCUUUGAAGAGGGUUUAAUUAUGGAUAACUUAAAAUAGCUUGACAAGAGUCAAGAGGAAUCUUGAUAAAAAGCUUCAAAUCAAGACUCUUAGAAAUAACAAAAGUCCGUUACGAGGCUCGAGUGUGCAGGAUACCUCGAAUAAAAUAAUUUUCCUACCAAAGGAAAUCAAUAGCUUAAGGACAAAGAAGUGGAAUGAUUAUUAUUCUGAAAAGAAGAAGGUUCUCAGUAGAGCUAUAUCUCUUGACCGGGAGAGUAUUGGGAAUGUUCCGGAUCAUACAGGGGCUUCAGAGAUGUUACCUGUGUUUUUAAAGUAUAAGCAAACUUUGAUGAAGAGAAGAAUAUUAACUGAUAUGAACUUAAAGGCCAAAUCAGAGUGGUCCCAGACAGCUCUCCUUGACCAGCUUAAAAUGGAGAGAAACGAAAGAAGGCGUCAGAUGCACCAUGAAAUUUGGAGAAGGGCUAUUGCCCAUAAAACCAAGAAGUGUUAGGUAUGUAGAUUAUCUUUCAAUUGUGG